CGAAUAUUCAAAAUUCCAAAAUUACAACCAAAGGCCAAAGCCAUUUCCAAUUGAGGAAAUUUGUGGAAUAACGAUUUCCACAGCAAUAAUUGAUAUUGUUAUCCAACACAGUUUCCUGCAUUCGAAUGUUGAUCAGUUUGUGAAAUAAGAAAUCUCUUAAUCGGACGUACAAAAGACAGAUUUUUCUACAUGGGCUGCUGUUCACACUGCUUUUGUUGACUUGCAUGUAUGUAACAAACACCAAAUCAGUGCAAAAACAGAAAAUGGUUCAUUCUUCAAAGCACCCUUUGCAUUACACUGCAUUCCUCCUCUUGCUAUUCACACUCCAAGGCUCCCAAGCCAGCCAUCAAAGCAAAAAUGGGCUGAAAACCAAAAUCUUCCUCUCGCCCAAAUUCGUAUUACAACCCGGAUCUGUUUCAAACAAAUUCUUCUACAACAUCGAUUUCCCCAGAGGCCACAUUGCCCUCAAGAGCUUCGAUGCAGAGGUAGUUGACGAGAAAGGGAACUCGAUCCCACUCCACGAAACCUAUCUUCAUCACUGGCUACUCGUAAGGUACAUUCAAAGAAAAGGCUUAAUCCAAAACCCCGAAAAUCCCGAUUACGUCAUAGUGAAAAACGAAGGGCUGUGUAAUCAUGGGCUUAUCCAGUAUUUUGGGCUCGGGUCCGAGACUCGAAAAACGGACACUCACGUGCCUGAUCCGUACGGGAUUGAGGUGGGAAAUCCGGCUUUUGUUCCGGAAGGUUCUGAGGAGCUGUGGAUGCUAAAUGUGCAUGCAAUCGAUACGCGUGGCGCGGAGGAUGGGCCGGGUUGUACCGAGUGCAGGUGUGAGUUGUACAAUUUGACGGUGGAAGGGUAUGGAGGUCAUCCGUAUAAAGGUGGCUUGAGAUGCUGUGGUGAUGGGAAAAGGUGUAGAGUGAAGGAAGGGUUUGAGGAUGUCGAGAGGAGUCUGUAUUUGAGGUAUAAGGUGACGUAUGUCGAUUGGGAUGCCUCGGUUUUGCCGGUUAAAAUCUAUAUAAUUGAUGUGACUGAUCUGUGGAAAAGCGAGGAUGGUGACCACAGAGAAAAACACCGUUGCCUGGUUGAGUACGAUGUCGAGUCUUGUCCUGUUGGUGUGGCCAAUGAUAGAUGCACACAUACCAAAACCCUAAAGGUCAGUUUGCCAACUGGUGGAGAUGUUAUUUAUGGGGUUGGGCACCAGCAUAAAGGCGGGGUUGGCACAACUCUUUAUGGCGAGGGAGGAAGAGAAAUAUGCUCGUCCAUUCCAACUUAUGGGACGGGACACGAACCUGGUAACGAGGCCGGCUACAUUGUGGGCAUGUCCACCUGUUAUCCUAAGCCUGGCUCGGUCAAAAUUUCUGCUGGGGAGUUUUUGACGCUCGUUUCUAAUUACAGCAGUGAAAAAGCCCAUACAGGAGUUAUGGGUCUAUUUUACCUCUUGAUUCAUGAAAACUCGUCCGAACCAAAUGCAGUCUUACAUUCUCCAGCUAAAGCACAAGAAAUUACGACAAUAUCCAAAAUCCGUUACGGUAUUGCUCUGUUUGGAAUCGUGCUGCUCGUCAUUUUUGUGUUCAUCGGUAAGAGUAGAAAAGGAGAAGGAUACGAAGCUAUAACCGAAUGAAGAUGUCUUUUGCUUGUCUCAACUUGUCUCGAGAACUCUUUAUGCAGUUAUUUUACUUUAUGGUUGGAGAUCUUUGUGAGUAAAAAAGCUGUGCAAAUCAUUUGUUUAUCGAAUAGUAGAUGCAAUGUGAUCUGCAUCCGAAUUAUGUUACCGUUUUAUAAUUACUUCGCUUGCUAAUUUUAGUUUUGCUAUUUCUUAUA